AUGCUGAACAUCUUGGAUGAAGAGACAUUCACUUAUUUAGCUGCGGAUAGAUUGAAUCCAGACGAGAGCGGAAAUAUACCACAUUACAUCAGUGAAUUUCUACAAAAUUUGAAUCCACCAGGGAUGCCUCUAUUCAAGUUAAAUCUGAAAAUUGGUUGUCCAAUUAUUCUGAUGAGAAAUUUGUCUCCAUCAGUGGGUCUUUGCAAUGGUACCAGAUUAUUGGUUACUAAAUGUUGUAGACAUGUAAUUGAAGUGAAGAUUCUAACCGGACACAAAGCAGGGGAGACGGUUUUUCUACCAAGAAUAUCAUUUCAACCGUCGGUCUCAGAAUUGAAUAUAAACAUGUCGAGGCGUCAAUUUCCCGUUCGAGUAGCUUAUGCAAUGACAAUUAAUAAAUCCCAAGGGAAGUUUGUAAAAUAUGUCGGGAUAGAUUUAAAAACUCCAGUGUUAAGCCAUGGCCAACUUUACGUGGCUUUGUCAAGAUGCACCGCAACCAAUAGAAUAACGGUACUACUUGAAGACGAUACUGAGAAACUUGAGACCACUAACAUUGUCUAUCCAGAAGUCCUACUAUAA